CGACAAAAAAAUCCCAGAGCGAAACAAGCUUCACCUCUCCUCGACUCGACACGACACGUCCACCGCCCUCCUUCUCACCCUCGCCAUGGCGGCGCUCCCACCCUGCCGCGCGGGCCUCGCGCGCAGCCGCCUCGCCCUGCGCAGUCUGCACGCGUCCCCCCUCCGCACCGGCUACGCGACCACCGAAUCGACGACAUCCUUCUCCCCCUCAUCCUCCUCAUCCUUCUCCUCAUCAGCGUCUUCCUCGACAUCAACAACAAUCCCCGAGUCCUUUCAAGCAUCAUCAGGCACGAAUGCGGCGGCACCGCCGCGGUGGAGCCAGACGCCCGCGGGCAUGAAGGCGCCGGUGCAGAUGGACUUUGCGCGGUCGCCACGCAACAAGGUGUGGACCGUCAACAGCAACCCCGAGCGGCUCGACGACAUGUACGAGCGGCUGCUGGGCCCCGGCGGCAGCAAGAUGCUCCCAGAGGAGCUCAAGUGGCUGGCGGUGACGCACAAGAGUUUUGAUCAAGGGCGACGAGGGUUCAACGACCGCCUUGCGCUGAUGGGCCGCCUCACCAUCAUCAUGGAAGCCACCAAGGACAUCAUCAGCCGUCCUCCCCAUACCGCCGCCGCCGCCGCCGCCGCGGCGGACCCGCACGGCCGGGAGCCAUUCACACACGAGGCGCUCGCGGGCGUGGACAACCUCUCCGCGACGACGCCGCGCGACGCCGUCGGCAAGGAGCGGCUGCACGCGCUGGCGUCGAGCGUGGGGAUGCUCGACGUGGUGCGGUGGAAGCCCCGUCUGCCGCGGCGGCUCGAGGCCUCGGGCGUGGAGACGGUGCUCAGCAGCGCCGUCAUGGCCGUCGUGGGCGCCGUGACGCUGCAGCACGGCGCAAAGGUGGCGUCGCGGGUGGUGCGCGAGCGGAUACUCGCGCGCCUGCCGCCCCAGGAGGCCAGGUAAAAAGGUAGCUGGUGCACGAGGGGGCGUGUAAUUCUAUAUGUAUCAUCAGAGGCGGACGGCAGGUAUGUGGACGGGAUGCAUGUGGAUGGGUGGAUGGGCCGCCAGAGACGGUGUGUGUAUAAAAGCUGGAA